GCUGUCUCUCUGCGGGGAAGGGGGCGGGAGGCAUUGGCUGCGAAGACAGCAUUGAAGCUUUUGAAGCUUGAGGCCUCCUCUCUAGCUUUGGUUGCCAAGUACCGGAAACUGUGGUCAGGAGGACACCUGCUGCAUGAACAUGGCAGCCAGAAGCCUUGAAAGCGGCAUUGCGAGGGUCCAGCUGAGCCACUUGAAACGCACUGUUGGAGUAGCUGAUGAAGCUUACGAAAGUGCUGGGGAUGAUCUGAUGCAAGCCCUUAGGACUGACCAUGUUUGCAUCAUACAGUUGGAUGAAGCAGAGGCGAGCAUUUUGAAAGAUGGUCUAGCGUAAGCUACUUCAAGAUUUGGAAAGGAAUGGAGCCAGGGUUUGAAGCGGCCUAGAGAACCUGCUUCUGAGACAGAAGGCGGCUACCAUUUAUUGCCUGACAAGGAGUUAUACAAUGCCAUACUCGGAGACAGACCUCAUGAACCAAUCUUGGUUGAGAACUUCGCGACGCUGAGCAACGCUUCUCGUUAAUAUUGGCUGCUCUGGCCUGGGGUCUGCGGGUACACACAAGCUCGUUCAAUCCCCUCCUCGACAAUGAACCCCUGCAUCCCGGAACUACAUCGGCCUCGGUGCUUUCCUAUUUUCACUACAAGGAGAGAUCAAGCGAGAGGGGGAAAGGCAAGGCCAUCCAGAGCGCUUGUCCAGAACAUGUUGACAAGGGACUGGUCACAAUGAUCGCCUCCGACGAGCCAGGAUUGGAGGUCCUCUCCCACAACCAGUGGAAGCUUGUUCCCGCCAAGCUUGCGGAUAAUGAAGUCAUCCUCCUGAGUGGCCAGGCUCUCUUUGAAGCCACAGGAGGCCAUCUUCAGGCUGCUCGCCACCGUGUUGCACAGGAUGAGGGCCGUGCACGCUUCUCCCUUGCCUUCAAAUGCAGACCCCAGCUGCAGGCAGUCUUUGACCGUGGACCUAUCGCUGAUGCCAAUCCUACCGUGGCCAGGAAAUACAGAUCCACAGAAAGGCUACUGCCUGUGGCAAAGUACAUGGCUGAUUUUGACAUCUGCCACGCAUCGGUAAACAAAGCAGGGAUCCAAAGAGACAUCUCUGGUGCUGUACAUGAACCAGGGGAUCCUCGGGAAAACGCUCCUUCCAGCCAAGAACGCAAGGACGAGGGGCGUAUCACCGUGACUCUCCAGGAUCAGAGUGGUUGCAAAACGGUCUUCACAUGUCGUCCAAGUCUCCGGGUGCGGAAACUAAGAGACGCGUGGUUGUCUCUACCGAAGAAUUCAGGGCUUGCGCCCGACAGCUUCUCAUUAUACUUUGGCGGUCGCUUACAUCCGUGGGAAACACUGCUAGAGUGCAGUGUCGAGGACGGAGACGUCAUUGAUGUCAUGAUGCAUCAAUGUGGUGAUUAAUUUGUAGCUUCUGUACGGAUGCGACAUUAAAUAUCAGGCUUAUGCUUUCCUUAUCAUGUGGACAUUGACUGGUAGAUUGGCGAACUUAGAUGACUAGCCUACAGGAGGAGAGUCGGUUGGGGCAGUGAAUUAUUUCAGGCCGCAUCUUUGACAAUCAUUGUAAAUCAGAGAGUAAAGAUAUGAACGACAUUUGCAGGGCUCUAAUACCCUCGACAGGUUAGUACUUUGCUGUCCAGUUUUGAGAUUGAGGUCGUGGUUGUAUGGAACUUUCAGAGAAGAACAUGCCAAUGCACGUCUUUAUGUACAUAUUGUAGUCGUCAACUUGGUUCAACAUAGAACUGAACGAAGCUAGCCAUCAGAAUAACGCGCGGAUCGAACAUAUCAGCUCUUUCCCAUGAGCUUUUUCGUUCAACACUAGUUCUGUCCAUGUAACUUGAAAGCUUACAUUUUUAGUAAGCGAAGUCUGAAAUUGUCUAGC